GCACUGGUCACUACAGUGUUAUUCUGUUUUAAGACUGGCACAUGUUGCGGUGAUUGCUCCGCUUCAACUUUAUAUUCGUCAUUUUGCACUUUUUAAUAUUUCUUUUUUAUUUGCUUAUUUUUUAUAUUGCCAUAUUAGGUUGAACAUUUGAAUACUAACAAAAAUGAAAAAUAAUUAAGAAAAUUAAUACAAAAUAAAAAACAGCAGAAUUUAAAUAAAUUCAAAACACGAGAUCUUCAGUCUUCUAUGUGUGUCAAAUCCGAAUUUACGUAACAAAGUUUAUAAAAAUAAAAAUGCGAGUGCUGCUGAUGAUACUUGUGUCGCUAUUGUCGCUGGUGGUUUGCAGUGCAUAUCGUUUCCUUGGGAUGUUUCCGAAUCAAGGUAAAAGCCGCUUUAUUAUGCUGGAGGGCCUGAUGAAGGGAUUGGCCGAUAAAGGACAUCAGAUCGACAUAAUCAGUGCAUAUCCACAGAAAAAACCCUAUCCGAAUUAUACCGAUAUCGCAAAAGUGCCAGUUUUUCUAUCCUUAUUGAACAAUGUGACAUAUGAAUAUAUGCUGCAAGAACUAGCGCACACAAAUGUAGGGAAAUGUAUCGCGACAGCAUUUGGUAAUGAUAUUUGUGAAACCCAUCUGGGAAGUCUGGUAAUACAAAACCUGGUGCACAAUCCACCAAAGAAUCCACCCUACGACGCGAUGAUUAUGGAGAUUUUUGGUUCACCUUGCUUUGCGGCUAUCGCCCAUUUGUUAAACAUACCCGUGAUUGGAGUCAGCACAACGUCGAUGUAUCCAUGGCUUCAUGAAUUAAUCGCUCAGCCCGAGAACCUCGCGUUCAUACCAAAUAACUGUGGGAAUGUGAACUUUUCAAUGAACUUGUGGCAACGUAUAUACAAUGUCUUCUCCUUUCUCUACUGCAAGUUGUAUUUCCACUAUCUCACGAUACCACAAGAUGAUAUGGUGAGAAAGUACCUCGGACCGAACCUGCCAAGCAUCCGGAAUAUGAACCCAGCACUGGUCCUCAUCAACUCUCAUAUUGCUCUGAAUGGGAUCCUACCGAUGACACCUGCUCUCGUUCAAAUAGGCGGAAUCCAUAUCCGAGAGGACGAUUCGCCGUUGUCGCACUUGCAAAAUAGAAGAGUAACAAAUCCAAGAAAAUUGCGAAAAGAGCAGCGUGAUUUUCAUUUUCCAGUUCCGGAAUUAAAGAAAUGGAUGGACGAUAGUAAAGACGGUUUUGUGUACUUCACGUUCGGCUCGAUGAUCCUCAUCGAAACGUUUCCGCGCAAAAUUUUAGAUGUCUUUUACGCCUCCUUGGGCAAGAUUGCACCUGUACGAGUUCUAAUGAAGGUACCGAAUCCGAAGAAAUUGCCGCCUGGCUUACCCGAAAAUAUUCGUACGUUCUCUUGGUUGCCGCAACUUAAAGUAUUAAAUCAUCCCAAUAUAAGAGCCUUCAUUACUCAUGGUGGGAUCAUGGGCAUCUUUGAAGCAAUAAUCUAUGGUGUUCCCAUGAUUGGUAUGCCACUGUGUAUGGAUCAGUAUAACAACAUCGACACUAACGUCGCGAAAAAUAUUGCUGUGAAACUGGAUGUCUAUAAGAUCACUGAGAAAGACAUGGAUGUAGCCCUGAAUGCGAUCUUGCACGACCCGAGAUACAUAGAGACUAUUAAAAAUUUAUCCCGAAGAUUCCAUGAUCAAUCGCUUAGCCCUGUUGACACCGCAAAUUAUUGGAUCGACUACGUGCUCAAAUAUGGCGACGAUGUCUUACGAUCGCCCGCCAUGGAUUUGGCCUGGUGGCAAAUAUACCUCAUCGAUGUGGCCGCAUGUCUUUUGCUUUGCGCGGCAGCCAUUAUUACUAUUGCGGUGUUUAUCGCACGUUUUGUGAUAAAAAUGAUAAAUAGAAAUCAUUACAAGUUGUUACAUGCGAAGAAGACUAAUUAGUUGCGUUAAUUCGAGAGUAACAUGAGAAAAAAGAAACAACAUGCCAUGAUUCAUUAAAAGCAAUUAAGUUUCAGCUGAGUGAUUUUGGAAAUUAUAUUAGUAGAACUAUUUCUUCCAUCAUGUGCUGAUAUGAUGUAAUAUAAUAUAUACUUUUACAAAGGUACAAAAGUAUUAAAAAAUUACGAAAACUUAAACUUUUUUUUAUAACUAUUUUACAUUGUAGCAGGAGAAUAUUCUUCAUUGUCGAUACGUAAAUCAGCGACAAUUUCGUAAAUGACAUUUUUAUUUAUAUGUGCUUUGUAAAUGCUGAAAAUUAUGCAUGUUAUCUCGUGCAAUUUUAAUAAAUGAAAUAUCCUAA